AUGCAAUUUAACUGUGAAGUUGCUGCAAAAGUAUUACAACUUAAUCUUGCUGCAGAAAGUCGUUAUCUUUACCUUAACACCCCCCAUACUAAUAGAACAAUUAAAAAUUUAUUAAUAUAUAAAAGAAUAGACAAUGGAGAAGAUAGUUAUGAUACUGUACAUUUACAUAAACAAAUUGCAAUAACAUUAGAUCUUUAUUUGAAACUUGAUUAUGUCGUCUUUUUCAAGGUCUAUACAGAUAUCGACCAAAGGAUAUUCGAAAGAUUACGUAAUUUAAAAAAUAUAUUAUUAAAAAAUUGUACAAUUACCAAGAAAAGGUUUCUAGAGUAUGAAAAAUAUGUGAAGAGUCAUAGAAAUUUGAGUUUUACCAUUCAUGAAUGCGUCAUUAGAAACCAUAGUGAAUUAAAUUUUAAUAGAACAUUCAGAAUCAUACGUGAUACAUUAUCAUCUCAUGAUUAUCUUGUAUAUGGAUGGAAUAAUCUCACAAAUGAUGAAAUUAUAAAUAAUCAUAAAAAUUUAUCUAGCAUUUUACAUCGUAUAUAA